AGCGCAAGUAUUGCUUUUAACAACUGCACCGAUAAAAUUGCAUUGUUCUACCCAAGGUUUCUUUUGCUGUAUUUCCCAUGGGCGUGUAUUGCAAGUAAAUUCAUCCUGGAACAAUACAUCCGCAUAUGAACAGUGUAUAAAUUAAGCUCUGAUUAGCACUUUAAAGGUUAACUACAGUGCCAAACUGUGGGGGUUGGGUGUAGAAUUAGAAGAGUGCUGCAGUGGAAGAGAGGACAGAAAAAGUAGGGAUGUGCUGUUCCCUUAUAUAAAAGAAAACAUUAAAAAAUAUCUCCUUGAGCACUGGCAAGAGAAGGAAUGCCAGGAAGAUAUCACCCAGCUUCAAAAACAGGCAGAGAAAGACUCCCACAUUGAUGGAUUUGUGCCCAUUCCUUCUGCAAUUUCUGACAAUGAAACCGAAAACAUGAUCCAGGCAGUGGUGGAUAAUGUUUACUGGCAGAUGUCCCUAGACCGAAAGACCACUGCUCUUAAACAGCUGCAGGGUCACAUGUGGAGGUCAGCCUAUAUAACUGGACAGCUUAAGGGCGAAGUCUACGAAGAUGUUGUCCCAUCUAUUCGACAAUGGAGGGAAUUAGGAUUCAAGCUGUAUAUUUAUUCUUCAGGGAGUGUAGAGGCACAGAAACUCUUAUUUGGAUACUCCAUCGAAGGCAAUCUGCUUAAGCUGUUGGACGGGCACUUCGAUACUACUGUUGGACAUAAGGUAGAAAGCAAGAGCUACAGAAACAUUGCAGACAGCAUAAGAUGCUCACCAGAAAACAUUCUUUUUCUGACUGAUGUUGUAAAGGAGGCGUUUGCUGCUGAGAAAGCAGGUUUGCAUGUGGCUGUAGUAAUGAGGCCUGGCAAUGAUGCAUUAACUGAUGAAGACAAAUCCAGCUACUGUUGUAUCACAUCAUUCCAUCAGAUUAAUUUUCCCUCCGAAAAUAAUUAAAGACUUUGCAUUCAAUAGUAAUAAAUAUAGGAUAUUGGUAUUUACGUUUUUUUUUUUGUUGAAUAUAUUCAUUUGACUUGAAACACGACCAGUUAAACCCUACUAGUGUAGUCAUGUUUUUUUACAUUGUGUGAUUUUACAUACAAUUUAAAAACCUUUUGUUUAAAGGAGCAGUUCAGCAUUCAGUAAAACCGAGUUACAAGGCUGCAGAAAAUAAAAAUGGUUUUUAAACCAGAACAAUAGCCAGAACACUACUUCCUGCUUUCAAGCUCUCUAAUCUGUUUGUCAGUCAGAGACUUGAAGGGGGCCCACAUGGCACAUAACUGUUUUGUUACUUUGCUUUUGUUCCUGACCAGGAAAAGAAGUUACGUUUAUACAAAUAUAAACAGUCAUAAGAGAAGUUAAGGGAGACUUAAUUAAUAUAAAUAUGCAAUAAAAUAUGCUAAACCACAAACAGAAGAAAUAACUAUACAGGCAGUACAAGGGCAUGAGAACUUAAGUACUUGAAUAAUGAAUAUAAUAUUAAUACUUUACAAUAAACUGCCCAAUAAGCAAAACAAGCACUGGAAGAUAACUUGGGGCAAAUCAUAUACAUAUUUACCAUUCAAACCUUAGUAAAUCUGCCCUGAGAUGGUUGCUUCCUGGAGUACAUUUCCAGGAGGUUGAUUGCCAAGCUCUGUUGUACCCUGGCCAUGCCCCAAUUAUAGCCCAAAUACAGUAUGCAGCUCUGGAGCACUUCAUGAAAAUCUGAGUGUUUCUAGUUGAGUGAAGCAAACACACAAGUUGUAACAGUGCAGGCAACAGCAUAGUAUAUUGUCAUUUUACUUUUUUGUUGUUCCUGUUCCUUUAAUUGAUUGUGGUUGAAGAUAGGAGAGGGGGACAGUGCAGGGACAUUCUGGAUAAUUGACAUGACUUGUAUGCCUGUGUGUAUGGACAUUUGAUGCUUUGUGUUUUCACAAGGAACCAGAUUUAAUCAUGGAAGUAGCCUGAAGUUUCCUUGUGAGGCAAUUACGGACGACUUCAGAAAACAAAGCGUUCCAGGUGCCUGCCCCCAGGCGAUUUACAUAUUAGUCGCCGGGAAGAAGAGGAGAUUUGUCGCCUGGCCGUGUGGCAUCAACAAAAACAUAUGUAGCUUUCUAACUCUUGUUAGGCAGCUUUUGAAUCAACUUACUGUGCUAGUACUGAUCAUUCUAUUUGAUUAAACUUGACAUAUAUAGUAUGAUUAUGUACUCGCUACAAAAAAAACGAGUUCCCCUGCUAUUCAAUUUUAGCAUUGAACAGUGAUUUCCAAUAUAAGGUACCAUCUGUGAACAUUAAUACCAUAAAAAAAUUAUACUUAAGGAGACAUGCCUUAAAGGCCAUGGGUUUACAGCAGAGUAAUACUUACACCACCUAAAUAAAAAUGAUUUAUUAAAGGGGAUGUAAACCCAAAAAUAAAAAUGUGUUUGAUAGGACAUGCAAUUCUUUUAAGUAACUUUCCAGGAUCCAUGAAUUCAUUUUUUAUAUGGUUUUAAAGUUUAAGCAGAAGUUACCUUCUCUGUUUAACAUAAUGCCUUUUCCACAGGCAGUGGCAUAACUACCAUACAGCAUACCCUGGGGGACUGUAAUGCCCAUGCUGCAGGGUUUUCUAUAUGGUAGUCCCCCUCACUAAUAAGUAGAAUCUGAAAGUUAUGCUGCAGGAAGCCAGAUCAGCCAUAGUUAUGCCACUAUCAUCAAAUCUUUUAGAGAUAUUUGAACUGGUCUGACCAGUCUUCUAAGCACUUUAGUAAUUUAUAUUAUUCCUUUUCUUUGCAGUGUAUAAUGUAGCAACAUCACCACCUACUGGUCAUUUUGCCUGACUGUCUACAGCAUCUGCCUGUGGGGAAAAAAGGGUAUUGUGUAUUAUGUUUGCUCUGCUUAACAUUGACUAGAGAAACAUCAGAAUACUAUUUUAACUUAAUUUUUCUAAGCUGAGCAAACAUCAAAGCACCUUCUUUUUUGUUUUUUUCCUGACUAAAUGCAGUUCGCCAAAAUGACCAGUAGGUGGUGGUGUUACAAAAUUCCUUACAUUUAAAAUAGUGUAUAAUUGUCUAUGUUGGAAACCGUCAAAAUAAUGUAAAUUGCAAAGAUUUCUCUGAACAUUAACAUUGAUUUCACAUGUAAUUUUUUACGUUUUUAAUUGCAAAAGAGUAGCAAGUGGCAGAUACUGCUUUUAGUAGCAAUUACAUUUACAAGGAACUUUAAAGCUGAAAAUUGGAUACAUAUAAUUCCUUAUAAUUAUGCUUUUCUUUUUAUAAUUAUGCGUUUCUUUUGUAGGUUUGGGUUACGGCUUGGUUUUACAUGCAAAAUUUUUAAUUUAAGCCACUCAGUCUGAAAAGUACUACCGAUACCUUUAACAGUUCUUCUUUUGUAGAUUAUUUAGGUGAAUGAUACAAAAAGAAGUUCCUCUAGAAAUUGUGACGGUGGGGUUAUUAUUCCUUGGGACGAACCUAAGUAUAGCUGUGGUACAAUAAAGAAAUGGUCCAAGAAAUGAA